AGUAAAACGACACAGCUUGUACAGAAGAGCAUAUGCUUAACGGAGUUCGCAGAACCGUUUUGGGGGCUUUUAAAACGGCAAAAACGAGAAGGAACCAAUGACAAGAGAAAUACAUCGGAAAGUGUGUUCUGAGCUCACCGCUACCACCCCUGCGCUGACUCGGGAGCGGCGAAGACGAACACACGCUGUCCUCCGAAGCUUGUGCCGUCAGCCGACCGCUUCUUUGCACGCUGCGGAUUCACCGCCCAGCCGACCAGGCGCUACAGCGUGGGAGGACAGCGCCGCUAACAGGCAAGCAAGCCCGCAGGAGCCCGGCCAGAUUGCAGGGGGCGCUGGUGCGCGCUCAAAGCUAAGGAAGAUCAAAGCCCUAGGAAUGGCUGCGCCUGUCAUGCUGAUGUACUGGGCUAUUGGAAUAGCUGCAAUCCAAACGGUCUACAGCCAAGAGACAUUUAUUAAAGUGGAGUGUGAUCCUGAAAGCCAGGGGGUAUAUAGCCAGGAUGCAGUGCUGAAUUGCAAAGUGGUGACCGUCAAGAAAGAUGUCCAAAUUCUCAAAAUUAUGUGGUGCAAAGUGGAGGCUGACAGAUGUGUUAACAAAACAAAACUGACGUUUGACAAUGGGAAAUGGUCAGCUGAAGAUCCACGUUUCACUAGUGCCACACCAGAGUGGAAGGAGAGAGAGUUGAGUGUAUCGCUGCUGGUGCGGAGAACCCAGGUGUCUGAUCAAGGGAGCUAUCGAUUCAUCAUAAGCACUGACAGUGGCUAUGACAAAGGAAGUACCAUCCUUAGGGUUACAGCUCCAUAUUCCGUUCCUGUAAUAAGUUCAGUGCCAGGGAUCAACAUAGAGGAUUCAAUGCUGGUGACCCUGACGUGCAAUGCAUCAGGGGGUUACCCACCAGGACAGAUCCACUGGUUUGACCAGUUAGACUCCAACUGGACAAAGAGUUCUGUGUUAAGGAUCAUACCUACUCAAGAUGGACGCUUCAACUUGACCAGCAUCUUCAACACGACAGCGUCCUCCAGCAUGUCUCUGUAUAAAUGUGUUGUCGUCAACAACAAGAUGGAGGAGCAAAGGGCAGAAUAUCAGCUGGUGAUUGGUCCAGGGAAGCAGGAAGGAAUGAAGAACGUCAAGACCAUAACCGCUGUUUGUGCCGUGGUCGCUGUCCUUGCCAUCAGCAUUCUGAUUUUAUAUAUUCAUCAGAGACGAUCGAGAGCUGGAGCUCGAAGGGAAUCUGUGUUCCCCAUCAUGGGUAACAUUUGGUUUAAUGCACAGCAAGAGGAAAAAGAUGAACAUGAAAAGACCAUGGAGGAGGGGCAAGCACUAAAGUGCAGUUGAGGGUGUCUGUGUAGCCAGCUCCAGACGAACUGUAUGUCACCCUGCAAGAACCGCGUUUGCCUCUCUGCACACUGCGAUGAUCAGAUCUAAUGCUGCCAUUCGUAAAGCACACAAGGGCUCAUGCAUGAAAGUUAACGUUGGUUUUAACAGUGAGCUGCAUUUUAUUAACAACUUCCUCUUUCCUUUGGUCAGAAUCUGUAGGGGAUGUGCAAAAAACGAAAUAAAAUUAAAUAUCUAAUACUUUCGUGCAAUUUAUAAGUCAUUUCUCAAAAAGUAUUCAUCUGGUGUGUAGGCAAGAAAAAAGUUUCACACAAAUGUGCUGUUGUACAGUCGGACCAUCAUGAGUGCGCAUGUUAGCAGUCAAACGGGACUCGAAUAAUAUUGUAAUGUGCUGUCAGCCUCUUAGGACUUUACCUGUAGCACGUUGCAGGGUAUCGAUUGCUAGGUGAGGGUCCUGUCGGGUUUUCUCCCUGGUUUUAUUUGGCUUUGAUAGGAGGGUGGGAUAAGGAAAGGAUUAGGUAGGCAUGCUCGGGGUUCGCCUGGGCAACGUUAACAUAUGAACAAAAUAGACAUUUUGCUACCAGUAUAAUUUGAUUUAGCACCGGUUUUAAAAACACCCUACCUACUAAAAAAUAUACUUUUCUCUAUUUUUGAAUUGUUUACCUAUUGAAAGGGACAGGCACAGAUUGCUUGAGCUGAUCGCUGAAAUAGUCACCUGUCUGUGGAUUCAGUCUUUAAGCAGGUUUAAAGGUAUUACAAGUGCUGUUGAUUUCAAUACUGAAGAUGCUCCUGUUUUUAUGCCAGACUUUACAGAAUGACAGUAGUGUGGAUUUAGUUUGUUAUUAAGAGCCUCUUUGUUAAAUCACAUUCUAAACUUGGUCAUUUGAGUUAUAGUUUGUGAUUUCUUUUCUGCAAAUACAAUAAGUUAACAAAAAAUAAAACACUGUACACAAACAUAUAUAUAUAUAUACACACACACACACACACACACACACACA